UGGGGCAUUAUUAAACUAUUGAUUCAGGCUACCAGGCAACCACUUCCCUGAUGCUGAGCAUCAUUCACUGAAUUUGCGGAUUUCCUGACAUCCCUCUGCGAAGUCUAUCACUUUUUUCUGUGCUUGAGAUUUCGAUUACACUUUUGUUUACACACACACACACACACACACACACAUCCCUUCGUGACCUCACCUUACCCCAAACACACGCCUCUGCACCCCUCUUUCAACGAUGCUAGACUCGAUCAGUAAUUUCAUUCUGCAACACCUGGCUGAAAAGCUCCUCUCUGCUCACCAGGAAGAUCAUGAUUGAAUGAAUCCCGCCUUUCCACAAUAGGUAAAAGUCAUAAAUAAAAGCCAUUAUGGAACAGCCAACUAUGCAACCUAUUUCCACAUGCUUCACAGCGUAGAAUAGCCCAGCUCAGGAUCUACCAGGUGGGGAAUAAUCCUGUUCAGAAAAGAAAUAACCCAAUGGAAAAACUGAGUCAAGAGGAUACUGCAGUGCACUAUCUUCAUAAGGCCAUCUUCUCAAUCUUUGCAGUCAUCUACCUCCCCAGGUAAAUCACAAAAGAGAAAUAGUGACAAUGGCCAAGUUGACAGAGUCCAUGACUAAUGUCCUGGAGGGAGACUCAAUGGAACAGGAUGUAGAAAGCCCAGUAACCAUUCACCAGCCAAAAUUGCCCAAGCAAGCCAGAGACGAUCUCCCCAAACACAUCAGCAGAGACCGAGCGAAGAGAAAAAUCCAGAGGUACGUGAGGAAAGAUGGAAAGUGCAAUGUUCACCAUGGCAACGUGCGGGAGACGUACCGUUACCUGACUGACAUCUUCACAACGCUGGUUGAUCUGAAAUGGAGGUUCAACCUGUUGAUCUUUGUUAUGGUUUACACCGUGACGUGGCUCUUCUUCGGCAUGAUCUGGUGGCUCAUAGCUUAUAUCCGAGGAGAUAUGGAGCACAUAGAGGACCCCACGUGGACUCCAUGUGUCACUAACCUCAAUGGGUUUGUCUCCGCUUUUUUAUUCUCAAUAGAGACAGAAACCACUAUCGGUUACGGCUACCGAGUCAUCACAGACAAGUGUCCUGAAGGAAUUAUCCUCCUUUUAGUCCAGUCUGUGUUGGGGUCUAUAGUCAAUGCCUUCAUGGUAGGCUGCAUGUUUGUAAAAAUAUCGCAGCCUAAGAAGAGGGCAGAGACGCUGGUGUUUUCUACUCACGCAGUCAUCUCCAUGCGGGACGGGAAACUCUGCCUGAUGUUCCGGGUGGGGGACCUGAGGAAUUCCCACAUCGUGGAAGCCUCAAUUAGAGCCAAGUUGAUCAAAUCUAAACAGACCACAGAAGGAGAGUUCAUACCACUGAACCAGACAGAUAUCAAUGUGGGGUAUUACACAGGGGACGACCGUCUCUUUCUCGUGUCCCCGUUGAUCAUUAGCCAUGAAAUUAAUCAACAGAGUCCUUUUUGGGAGAUCUCCAAAGCGCAGCUGCCCAAAGAGGAGCUAGAGAUUGUUGUGAUCCUAGAAGGAAUGGUGGAGGCAACAGGAAUGACAUGCCAAGCCCGGAGUUCUUAUGUGACCAGCGAGAUCCUGUGGGGUUAUCGCUUCACUCCUGUUCUGACACUCGAGGACGGUUUCUAUGAAGUGGAUUACAACAGCUUUCAUGAGACAUACGAGACCAGCACACCAUCCCUCAGCGCCAAAGAGCUGGCAGAACUGUCCAACAGGGCUGAACUGCCUCUAAGUUGGUCUGUCUCCAGCAAACUCAACCAUCAUGCGGAACUGGAAACUGAGGAGGAAAAAAACCAUGAAGACCAAACAGAAAGGAAUGGCGACGUGACCAACCUAGAGAAUGAAUCCAAAGUUUGACGUCCUGGGUGGAGCAUCCCCUUGUCCUCACACAACCUGCGUUCAUUUCUCCUUUUUUGUUCUCCAUUUUCAUGUUAGGAAAGGACAUCUUCACGUUGUGAAAUAUCUACCUGCCCUGCUCAAAUACGGAGCUUCAGAAGCAGUCACAGAUCCGCGGGCGGCCUCUGGGAGCCACCUCCUCCCAGGCCACCAUACUUUCAAUCUUGCAGAUUUCAAGCUGGAGAGGUGCAGGAGAUCUGUGCUACCAGGAUGCUUCAAUAAAGGGUUAUCUUUAAUACCUGGAACAGGAAAAGCCAUCUCUGGUGCCUAAACAUUCUUGGAAUAGCUCUAAAUUGUAUAUAUUCCAGCCAAUUUUCCAGGGUGAUCUGUUUGCCAAAAGUGGGCGUUGCCUUUCUAAAGCUGUCCUGCGAAAAAGACCUACAGUUUAAAACAACACUGUACAUACGCCUUCUGUAAUUAUUUUCUCUUCACACUAGUAAUAAAACCCAGCAUGUAUGUACACAGGUACUGACUAUAGUGACGACCUUCUAAAUAAUGUACAUAGUUGUGCAAUCUCGAUAGGUUUAGCCACCUGCCUUUAGAAAGAACUAGAUGGCAGAAAUCUACCCAACAGCGGACCGUAGGCAUUUCUGUUCUACUAUCGGUAGUUCUCCCGUUCUGUUAGUUGUAUCUGGCCCUUUGGUGCAUGGCCCUCUCCUCAGUGUACCACACUGGCAGCUACUACGCCCACCUCCAUGUUUCUUUACUGAUCCUUUCCAAAAGCCAUAGGUCUAGGGGAGUUGGGACACGAGGUGAAGGAACCACCCAGAGUUAGUUGUCUUGUGAAAUGUGGGCCAAAGUAACCCUUCUUGUUUUUUUAGGACAAGGUCACCAUCCUAAGCCGGCUUUCACCCACCCACCCACCCGGUCUGGGGUAGCUCCUUAGGGCUGUAUCUCUCCUACAUCUUCAGUUCAGUCUUUUCCUUUUAAAGCAGAACAGCUUGGAAAAGCAUGUUUUUCAAAACGUUGUGUAGCCAAGUGGCUCCAUGCUAACCACUGGAAAAGCGGAAGGCUGCUCUGCCAGCUGAGGGCACUUGUAGAAUUCCAAGAAGGGGUUCGAUGAAUGAAAUGUAUUAAGGCCAUUUGUCGUGUUAUUGGUUUUUGACUCCUAAAAGAAAUGACUUUGCCCUUCCUUACCUCUCACACCCCCUUCUUCAGCUCCCAGCUGUGUUUCUAGCGCUGUUCACACAGAAUCUAGCAGCCACGCAGGAUUCGCAUCUGAAUCUUUCCCCCUAAAAGAUUCACACAUCAAGAAUUAACCUAUUGACCUGCCUCGCCUUUGAGAAAGGAUUUCUGGAACUGGGUGGAAGGUUACCAAUCGGCCCCAAAGUCCCCCUCAAUCAAGAGAAAACAAAAGAACUCUAGCCUUAAUUUUUAAAAUGCAUGUAUAUAUCUUAGCUGCCUCGUCGGAAAAGAAGGAUUCGCUUUUUUAAAAGUAUUUUUUGUACAGAAUAUUUGAACUAUAAAGUGACAAAUCCAGACACACACACGCACACACACACACACACACGCACACAGAAAACCUCAGGAGAAAUCGAGUGGGCACGUGGAGAUUUUGCACUGUGACAGAUCUUUCACCUUCAUUUCCCAUCUACCAGCUCCCCGUCUGUCCCUGAGCACAGUCGCCAUCACAUGUAUUCAUUCCGUGGAUGCGUUUAUUUUCAGCUUGCACAGCUGCCCCGUGGGAGCUCUUGCAGCAUCUGGGUCAGAAGAGAUCAAGCCGGUUUCUGUUUCCGGUCCCCUCCCUCCCCAGUGGGGCUGCACGUUCCUUUUCUCCACUGGGGUGGAGGACGGAGGCUUUGCGUAGUGUAGCAGACAGCACAGAGAAGCCAGGUGCGCCCCCUCCCCCCCCCCCCCCCCCCCCCCGGAGGCAGCCUGGGCUCUGCCUUCACCUGCUCGGGCAGGCCUGCUCCAGGAUAACUUGUUUCUUGCCCUUGGCUGCAGGGAGACAGAGCUGGCUUGCUGCUGGCUGUCCCGUGGUCGGGAGCGCCGAGGCCCGGGGUGUUUAGGGGCUCCCUCUUUUCCUGCCUCACGCCGUAGCUACGUGAGGCUGCUCUCAGGCAGGGAGGAUUCCGCAUGUCCCGGCUCCGGCACUUCGUAGGCUUCUCCCAGAGAAAUCGAGGCACGGUUUCGGGGCGGAGCGUGCUGGCCGGUAUCAUUACAAAGAGCGCCUCCUAGUGAGGCAAGUGGCUGUCUGUGUCCACAAGGCUCCGUAUUUCUGCCUCAGCCUUGGCGUCGAGGGCAAAGCUGGGGAAGCCGGGGUAGAGUCGGGGCCCAUUGUAAGGGGGGAGCUUUUCCUGCUCAGAUAAUCACCCUCGAGAGGGCAGCUCAGGGUCCUGCUGAACUUUUACACGCCCUUAAGCACAACUAAAUAAAGGCCAGCCUCCCACCCCCGAGGGCACGUGCACGGGGAGCUUCUCCUUUCGGGGCUGUGGCGCCGACACCGUCUCCAGUGUCCCCCCCUCCGUGUCUCUGGUCUCGACGUAGUGGAAGACGGGAAGUUUACCAAAUCGUUUUUUGUAACCUGAGCUUUCUGGGCUUUCAAGGGGAAGCUUCACAGGAACUUUGUACCAGAGUGUCCCUAGCAGACAGCCUCUAUUUUUCUACAGUUCUAAGCGCUUGAACCGAUGUAUUUUGUGUCCAUCCGACUUCACUAUCGACACUUCCGCACUGAGCGCUCGGAAUCCUCCAAGGGGCGAGGACUGAGCGCUAGUUUCCCUGACUGUUCCUGCUACAAUCGCUACUGCCGUUACCGGUAGGAGAAAGUGCAUGGAUGGGACUGUCCAAACAACGCUUGUGCCCCAACUAAGCAGUAUUUUGGUUUGUAUUCAUUUCGGUUACUUUCUAGGGGUCGAGGGAGAAGUAGGAGACGAGGCUCGGGGGCCGGAGGGCGUCUGCCUCGGAAUGGAGGGCUGACGACCCUAACCGGGCACGCGCCGCGGGGUUUGGACCGCCUUUCCCAAGAAGCCCGCGAAAAUCCUCCAAUUGUCCCAGCCGCCGCCGCAACACGCCUCACAGCGCGAAGCGGAAUGUGUUCAUUUCUCAAUUGGCUUCCUGUAACUAAUAAAAACGUUUUCUGUUGUCCUC